AGUUACUCUCCCUUUCUAACAAAAACUUGGUUCUUUAAAAGAAUAGUGUUUGAUAAAGAUUAGUGCCCACAUAACGCCGAAAAUAAAUGUAAAAUUAUUCCUUUGUGUUUACACAAAAAUUUCAGUCCAAUUUUGGGAUACCUCCAUCUAUUUUGCUCAGACAGAACGGUCUUUUCCGAUUAGAAAUGGGGAACGAAUAAGAAAUUAGAGUUUGUGGAAAAUUAAUGCCAUGGAUAUAGUACCAACUGAAAGUACCGUUAGGACACCAAUGAUACCUAAUUCGACUGUUAUAAGAGUGACUGAUGAUUCCAGCAAAUGUAAACGUGCGGUUUCUAAAUGGAUGAAGAAAAAUUUGCUUUUGGUGUUAACUGUUUUUGCCGUCAUAGUUGGUAUUGCAUUAGGAUUCGUUGCCAGAUUUUUUUCAUAUACUACCGAAACAGUAACAGUUGUUGCUUUCCCUGGAGAACUUCUUAUGAGAAUGUUGAAAAUGCUGAUUCUUCCACUUAUAGUAUCAUCCAUGAUAUCAGGUUUGGCUCAUUUAGAUGCAAAAGCAUGCGGUAAAAUGGGGUCGUGGGCUCUUCUCUACUACAUAUCAACUACAAUAUUUGCUGCUGUCCUAGGAAUCAUCCUUGUCUUAGCCAUACAGCCUGGAGAUCCUUUGAUUAAAGAAAUGAGUGACUACAGAGGAGAUUCUAGACAGGUGUCAACGUUAGACGCUUUUCUAGACCUUAUAAGAAACAUGUUUCCUGAGAAUUUAUUGACAGCAUGUUUUCAACAAGUCGAAACAGUCUUUAAACAAAUUGCUAGGAACAUUACUGUAGCUCCUAUGGUAUACAUUGAUGGAGAAGUUACAAUUGCUAAUGAUUCACAAACUGUAAGCUACUUAGUCAGAACUCAAGUAUAUAAAGAUGGUACAAAUGUUUUAGGUCUUAUUGUCUUCUGCAUUGCAUUUGGUAUUAUUUCCGGCCAGCUGGGAGAAUUUGGCGCACCUAUCGUCCGUUUCUUUGUUAUUUUGAAUGAAGUUAUCAUGAGGAUUGUUAUAGUCAUAAUGUGGUAUUCACCAUUUGGCAUAAUGUCACUGAUAGUAGGGAAAAUAAUGGCCAUUAAUGACCUGGCGAAAACAGCUGAACAAUUAGGACUCUACAUGAUGACCGUUGUGAUAGGUUUAGCCAUUCAUGCUUGUGUUACUCUUCCUUUUCUGUACUUCAUUGUUACUCAUAAAAACCCACUCACAUUCCUAAAAGGUAUGCUUCAAGCAUGGGUGACAGCAUUGGGGACUGCGUCCAGCAACUGUACAACAUUAUUGCAAAAGAAAUUGACAGGUUAUGUGUANAUUGACAAAAGGGUCACACGCUUUGUUUUACCAGUUGGAGCAACUGUAAAUAUGGAUGGCACAGCACUUUAUGAAGCAGUGGCGGCAAUUUUUAUAGCUCAAAUGAAUGGGAUAUCUUUGUCAGCUGGUCAAGUUAUAUCAGUAAGUUUGACAGCAACAGCUGCAAGUAUUGGUGCAGCAAGUGUACCAAGUGCAGGUUUAGUCACUAUGAUAUUAGUACUUACAUCAGUAGGACUGCCAACAGAAGACAUAUCAAUGAUUGUAGCAGUUGAUUGGUUAUUGGAUAGAGUACGAACUUCUGUGAAUGUUUUGGGUGAUGCUUAUGGAGCUGGUAUAAUAAAUCAUUUAUGUAGAGGAGAACUUGAGAAUAUUAACACAGAACGAAUAACCAUUGAAAUACAAGAUUCUUAUACAAGAUCUAGACGUCGCAGAUCUUGUACACCCAAUAAUUCUUAUCUGCAUAUUGCUAAGCAACGAAGAAUUUCAGAUUGUUGCAAACCCAGUUCCAUGAUAACAGAUGAAGACAACACAAGUGAAACACACAUAUAACAAAAUAAGAAUUUUUUUAGUUCAUGUGUAAUUGUUUUUUUCUGUUGGCGAAUAAAAAAUGAAAAAAUA